AUGGAGAUUGAAUUUACUCGUUAUUGCCGAGCCGCUUCUUCAGCGCCGGGGGCGGCAGCGGUGGUAGCGGGACCGAUGGUGGCGGCGCGGCAGCGGCGGCGCUGGGGGGUGCCGGUGCUGCUGGCGGCAUACGUGGGCUACCUGGGGCUGGGCGCCGCCGUGCUGCAGGCGCUGGAGCGGCCGGCCGAGGUGCAGGCGGCCCAGCACCUCCUCCGGGAGCACUGGGAGCUGCUGACCAACCACACCUGUCUGCAGGGGCCCGCCCUGCAGCGGCUCAUCGAGGGUGUCAUCCAAGCAUACAAGAGUGGCAUAACCCUCCAGGGAAACACCACUAGCCUGGGCAGGUGGGACUACAGUGGGUCUUUCUUCUUCUCCAUCUCUACAAUAACAACCAUUGGCUAUGGAAACCUGAGCCCCAGCACUGCGGUUGGGCGAAUCUUCUGCAUCGUGUUUGCACUUUUUGGGAUCCCCUUGAACCUUGUACUCCUGAAUGAAAUUGGACAGCUCAUGCUGCUUGGGGUUCAGCAUUGUGCUCAUUGCCUAGAGGAGGUAUUUCACUGGCAGAAUAAGGCUUCCUUCCUGAUGAAGACCUGUGCACUGGUAAUUGGCUUGUUAUUGUUCCUCCUGCUACCUCCCUUGUUAUUCUCUGACAAAGAAGGCUGGUCUUAUGAAGAAGGCUUCUACUAUUCCUUCAUUACCCUCAGCACUAUAGGGUUUGGAGACUAUGUGAUUGGGAUGAACCCAGAUCGCACCUAUCCAAGCUGGUACAAGAAUGUAAUCUCUCUGUGGAUCCUCUUUGGGAUGGCCUGGCUAGCACUGGUUAUCAAAUUUUGCAUCAACAUUCUAGAGAGCUCCAGUGACUUCUGUAAAUGCCACAAGCAGAACACAGAGAUGGCAGAAGAUUUCAUGGAUGGUAACAAAAAUAGUAUGACUGGACUUCAAAAUGCAGAGAUCAGCAGUAACAAAGACACAAAAAUGAAGGAACCAGUUGAAUCCCACUCUUACACAGCUCCUACAGAAGCCCUCUAGGGAAGAAAAAUACCCUCGGUGUUCUGUAGGUUUUAGUGCACCAAAGAUGAACCAUUUAGAAAUGUCUUUUCAGGUCGGUGUAGCCUCCUGUCAGUGUUAUGUAUCUGCCUGCAAGUUCCAGAAGGAUUUGGUGCUUCAUCUCUGAC